AUGAGCCUAAGAAGACCCUCCGGCCACAAAAGCAAACCAAAGGCGCCUUUCCCUCCCGACCCUGACGCCGAUACGGUUGCUUUGGCUCUUGAACCAAUCCCUCUUGCUCCUGCAGACGCAGACCCUCCCACGCACGACAGCCCUGCCAGGCCACCCGCUGAUGCCUCGAGCUCUGCAUCCUCUUCGUCUCUCCAUCAAGAAACCGCAGACGACCCAUAUAACACAACCCACCACCCACGAUCCAACCCGUCUCUUCGAAGCCGUCCUUCAGCCCUCUCGUACGCUUCGAGCGCCGCCGAACAUGCUGACGAUACCUCCGAUCCCACCCAAGACCCUUCCUCCCCGAAUCUAAACGACGGCGCCAUGCCUCCGAAACCCUCCCUCCUGCGCUCCGCGCGCGACGAUGCUCCGUCAUACGGCGCCGUCUCCCAAGACCCGAGCCGCAGUGUGUCGCCCACUGGCAGUGACUCUAUGAUGGGCAACGCACAUCCCCUCCGCUACGUAUCCGAUACCACCAGAUCAGCCUCGUCAAAGUACUCCGCCGCCUCCAGGCAGAGCUCACGCUUGUCCGAAGAUCUCGACGCAGCCGCCCUGGUCACCGGCCUCGAUGGGCGCUUCGGCGUAACCCAAGCGCCGGUAACGUCUAACAUGCUGGAGGACGCCAAGUCAGACGCGCCUGACGACGAGGUGGACUACGACGACUAUACCGGCAGCGAGCCUGAGGAGGAUCCCGUGGACAAUUCGCCUCACGAAGUGGUGCGCGCAUCCGUACCACCGACAGACAACAUCACCCUGUCUAUAAACACUCCAAGAAUGUGGAUACUCUCUGUUUUGUUUUCCGUGCUUGGUUCUUCGACAAACUUGUUCUUCUCUUUACGAUACCCCAGUGUUGCUAUUACCCCGGUCAUUGCCUUGCUGUUGGUCCAUCCCCUCGGUCUGAUGUGGGAUUACUUCCUCAAGUUCCCGAGCGACCCCCAUGAGGAGUUUGUGGACGGCGUUCUCCAGCCAGACGCAGACGGCGCACCGCACCCGAAGAGGCGCUUGACUCGACUGCGCAGGUGGCUCGCACAAGGACGGUGGAACGAGAAGGAGCACACCUGCGUCUAUGUGAGCAGCAAUGUGUCUUUCGGUUUUGCCUUUGCCACGGACGUCAUUGUCGAACAGUCCAAAUUCUACAACCAAGAGGCAACGAUCACCUACCAACUGCUUCUGAUCCUUUCGACUCAGAUUCUCGGGUACGCCUUUGCAGGCCUCACCCGCCGUUUUCUGGUGCGGCCCAGCGGUAUGAUCUGGCCCGGUACCUUGAUGUCGGCUGCCAUGUUUGGCACUCUACACAAGGAGGAGAACAGGAUCGCAGACGGCUGGAGGAUAUCGAGGUGGAAGUUCUUCUACCUCGUCUGGCUGGGCGCCUUUGCUUUCUACUUUUUGCCCGGCCUCCUGAUGCCGUGCCUGAGUUACUUCAACGUCAUCACCUGGUUUGCGCCCAAGAACGUCGUCGUGGCUAACUUGUUUGGUGUCGUUUCUGGCCUCGGUCUGUUCCCUCUGACUUUCGACUGGGCGCAAAUCACAUACAUUGGCUCGCCCCUCUUGGUGCCUUUCUGGGCCGCAAUGAAUGUCAUUGGUGGCCUUGUAAUUGUAAUGUGGCUCGUUGCCCCGAUCGCCUACUACGCCAGCCUCUUCUACUCGUCGUACAUGCCCAUCUUGUCGUCGUCCGUCUUUGACAACCAGGGCAAGGUUUACGAGGUCAGCAAAAUCUUGACGAAAGACUUCCUCUUCGACAGAGAGGCCUACAGCAAGUACAGCCGCGUCUUCUUGCCCAUCACCUACGUGUUGAGCUACGGCGUGCAAUUUGCCGCCUUGGCCGCGUUGUUGACCCACACGUUUUGCUGGCAUGGCAAAGAGAUCUGGCAAACGUGGAAGACGGCACUCCAGGAAGCUCGCGAUGAGGGACAAGCAGUCUACCAGCCUGUUUCGGGCGGACCUGAGAAUCUCAGGCCCCAGCGAUCUUUCAGCAGCAGCCGCGGUGGCCUUUCAAGGUCAUCUUCUCAAGCCGACCUUCUGUUCCGGGAAGACGUACACUGCCGACUGAUGAAGCGAUACAAGGACGCGCCCUUGUCUUGGUACAUGAUGACGUUUGUGACGAUGCUGGCGGUCGGCAUGUUCGUGGUUGAGUACUACCCCAUCCAUCUCCCGUGGUACGGCUUGCUUCUUGCAUUGGGCAUCUGCGCCGUCUUUUUCAUCCCGAACGGCAUCAUCAUGGCCGUCACAAAUCAGCACAGCAGCAUCUACCUCAUCUGCCAGCUCGUUUGUGGCGUUGUGUUCCCGGGGCGUCCGAUCGCAAACAUGGUGUUUGUGACGUAUGGGUACAUCUCGUCGGCCCAGGGCAUCAAGUUUGCGUCCGACCUCAAGCUGGGCCACUACAUGAAGAUCCCUCCGCGCAUCAUGUUCUCGGUCCAGAUGGUCGCGACAAUCGUGUCGUCCCUCACACAGAUCGGCGUGCUCAACUGGAUGUUCGCCAACGUCAGCGGCAUCUGCACCUCGGAGGCCGUCAACGGCUUCACGUGCCCGAUCGCGCGUGUGCACUUCAACGGCUCCAUUCUCUGGGGUGUCGUCGGCCCGGGCGAGUUCUUCGGCCCGAACGCGACCUACCGCGGGCUCGUCUGGUGCUUCCUCGUUGGCGCCAUCAUGCCGAUCCCUCUGUGGCUCUACAGCCGCAAGAGGAAGCACAGCAUCGUGCGCAAGAUCAACCUCCCCGUCGUCUUCGGCUCCAUGGCCUGGAUUCCCCCCGCGACGGGGCUCAACUUUUCGGUGUGGGCAGUAGUGUGCUACGUGUUCAACUACCUGGUCAAGAGGAGGAAGAGCGCCUGGUGGGCCAAGUACACGAUGACCAUGAGCGCGGCGCUGGACUCGGGUCUGGCGUUCGGCAUCGUCGUCGUGUUCUUCGGCUUCAUCUACCCGGGCCAUAUGAAGGGCUUCAAGUGGUGGGGGACCGAGGUCUACAAGGAGGGCUGCGACUGGCAGGCCUGCUCGUACAACACAGUCCCCGAGGGGUCGCAUUUCGGUCCUGAUAAGUGGUGA